UAUAAAAAAUAUAGAAUAAUAAAAAAUAAAAUGUUUUAUUAUAUAUCUGUUGAAAAAAAAUACAAGUCAAAUAUAAAACAGCAAAAAAAUAAAUUACGCACUCCGUCAAGUACUGAGUACAGAGUUGAAAAUAUAUUGGAAAAGAAACAAUUUAAAUCGGCUUUGAAAUUAUGCAGAGAAGAACUUAACUUAGAUGGAGCAGUAUCCAUAUUAAAAAAUUUCGAUAAACUUUUUUCUUUAAUUGAAUUUGUUGAUCAGCUUGAAUAUAAAGAUUUACAUUUUAUUUAUGAUGAAAUACUUGUUAAGAGUUUCAAUAUUGUUGGAUCUUUUUUUUUUAAUUAUGAAAAUAUUGAUGAUAUUCCUUCAGAUACAAAACAACAGUAUACAAAUGUAAUUAAAAUGACUGUUUAUUUAUUUGUUGAAUUUGUGAAUAGUUUUAAUGCUAAAAUUGAAACUGAUUAUAAAUUAUUACUUUUAGAAACAAAGGGUCGUAAUAAAAAACAAGACAUGAUUCAAAAACAUACCUCUGAUUACAACUGGAAUUGGGAAGAGGAACUAAGUAAAGGAUUUUCAGCCAUUUACUCUAUCAUUUCUAAUAAUAUUACACAGCUUUAUGAUCCUCCAUAUGUUGAUCACUCAUUUGUGUCAUAUUUAGCUUCAUGCUGCUAUACUCAAUUAGAAAAUCCAAGUAUAGCUUUUGUUCGCACAAAAUCAUUAAGAGACAGUAUUAUGCAAAUUUUAAUUUUAUUAAUUACAGACUAUGAUCAUUCUGAAUUUUUUAAAGUUAAAAUUGUCCAAUUAUUAAAAAUGUAUGAACAUUUAGCAUUACCAAUGGCAAAAACAGUUCUGCAAGUAGUUGAAUCUGGUAACAACUGUUCGUCCAUAAUUGAACUUAUUGUUAAAGAAAUCGCUGAAAGUGGUGUGAUGGAAGGUAUUAAAGAAACUAAUUCACAAGAAGUAACAGGAGGCAAAUCUUGUUGUGCUUUUCUGGUUGAAAUUGCAAAAUACAAUCCAGAAUUAUUAUUAUCAAACAUUGAACACAUGUUGCCAUGUUUGGAAUCAGAUCCUUAUUCCAUGCGAAUAUGUGUUUUGAGUGUUUUAAAAGAACUUAUCAUUCAUAUUUUAAAUAAUGAUGAAUUAGAUGAAUUAGAACGUAAAAUAAGAGACGAUUAUUUAUCUAUUAUACAAGACCAUUUACUUGAUGUUAAUGCAUUUGUCAGAUCUAAGUGUUUGCAACUAUUCACUGCUAUAAUAAAUGCUGAUUGUUUACCUAAAAACAUGUACAAAGUAAUAUUGGUUUGUGCUGAAGAAAAACUUAGCGAUAAAAGCUCUUAUGUGACUAAAAGUGCAAUUAUUUUAAUUAAAACAUUAAUUAAGUUAAACCCUUAUAGUUCUGAUUUUACUGAAAAAAGUUUAAAAGAAAAGUUGGAAAUUGAAAAUUUUAUGUUGGAUAAAAUGAAAGAGAUUCUUGAGGAUAAAAUAGAUGGAGGUCUUCCUAAAAAUGAAAUGUGGUCAUCUCUCGAACCUCAACUAAAAUCAUUUUUGGAAGAAAUUCUUGAUGGACGUGAUUUAAGAUCAUUUAAAGAACUAGAGAUACUUGAAAAUAUGCCACUAACAGAAGUUUUAAUGAGAAUAAAAAGUUAUAUUACUCUUCGAAGAUUUAAGGUUGCUUUAAAAUUUUUUUUACGGGGAAGGCAAACUUUCAAGAAUGAAAAGCUAUUCGAAUUAGAAAAUGAAAAUAAUUCCAUAGUGGAUCAAUUUUUUGUAUGCUUUAAAAAUAUAUGGUGGUAUCAACUUAAAUUACCUAAUAUUGAAUGCAAUAUUGAUGAUCUAGAACAAAUGACUCUAGAAGAAUUGAGCAAUAAAAUAUACUCUUCUGAAACUAAAAUAACUUACCUUCAGGAUUGUGCUUCUUAUUUAAGUACUUUAAAAGAAGCAUCAAAAACAAUUAUUCAGUUGAUGUUUGGUAAUACAACUUCAGAAUCAUUAGAGGCAAUAGAUUUUUUCACUACAGCUCAUCAAUUUGGUGUACCUGAAGCACAAUUAGGCAUUGAUGCAAUGCUUAAAUUAAUUUAUUCAAACGAAUCUAAUAUAAAAGAUGCCAUGAUAAAUUCUUAUAACACUAUUUAUCUUAGUAUUGAAGAAGAAAAUGUGGAUUCUAAUGCUCGACCUAUGAUUAUUAUGAAGAGAUUACUUAAUUUAGCAAAGUCUUUAAAUGUAACUAACAGAAAAGCCUUUAAGGUUCUAUUAAAUGAAUGGGUAAUGAAUAAAACAUUGGAUGAUGAUUGUAUUAUGCUUCUUUGGGCUUGGUAUACUGAAUCAAUUCCUAUAACAAAAGAAGAUCAAAUUGUAACUGCUUUGCUUAUUUCUAUGUUAGCUAGCGCUAAACCAUGCAUUGCCAAGGGAAAUAUUGAUAUUUGUAUUCAAUAUGGAUUAUGCAAUGAAUAUCAGCUAUUUAAUUAUACUUGUCAAAUUUUAGAAAAUAUUACUAAAGAAAACUUCAAAAGACUUCCUGAUAAUCAUGUUUUGGUCAUAAAAAUUAUGAAUGUUCUUCAAAAGUGUUUUACAGAUUGUGAUAUUCAAUUAUUUAAUGAUGUUGCAUCAAAUGCUAUAAACACAAUUUUUAAAUUAACUUUAAAACCAGAUAUCACUUGCUUGACACUAAUUGAAAAGUUAUUUGAAAUAAUGAAAAAUAAUAAAGAAACAUCAAAUUAUUCAAGUCAAAAAGAAUUAAAUAUUGAAAUAGAAGUAGAUUUGUUUGCUAAAUUCAUGUUUUUUAUUGGUCAUAUUGCUUUACAACAACAUAAUCACCUAGAAAACUAUGUCUCAAAAGAGUUAAUUAGCUGCAUUAGAGCUAAAUACCAGUCUAAACGAGCGAAUUCUGUUGAAACCAAAGAAGAUGAAAGUGUGCAUGAUUCUGAAUCUGCUGAAAUUGAAGCUAUUAAUGAACAAAUUAGACAAACCUGUGACAAACAACUUAUUACUGGAAAUGGAAUAUUGUCUUCUUUUUCGAAACAUGUGUUAAUAUCAUGUCACUCUGAACAUCAAAAUCUAAGAAACAAUUCAAUAAUCACUUUAAUAAAAUUUAUGUUAGUUUCAAGCUCGUUUUGUCAAAAAAAUUUAAAUAUGUUUAUGGAUCUUAUUGAAACUUCUGAAGAUUAUACAAUGCGUAUUGAUCUUAUCAUUGGAUUUGGCUGGUUGGUUUUUAAGCAUCCUAAUUUACUGACACCUUUUACUGAUAAACUAUAUGCUAGGCUUCAAGAUAAAUGUGUGAUAGUUAGGUAUACGGCAUUGACCACUAUUAUUGAUCUUAUACGCCAAGAAAUAAUUAAAGUCAGAGGACAAAUUACUGGUAUUGCUAGACUACUUGUUGAUGAAGAUGAACAGAUAAAAUAUACUACUAAACAAUUUUUUGGAGUUAUAGCUGAAAAAGGAAAUUCAUUGUAUAAUGUUAUAUCAGAUAUUAUUUCAAUGUUAUCAAAUCCAGAAGAUGUAGUACCAGAAAAUGAUUUCCAAACUAUUAUGAAAUUUUUAUUUCCACUCAUAAGUAAAGAACGACAACUUGAAUCAUUAGUUGACAAAUUAUGUUUGAGACUUAAAGAAUCAACAAAUGAAAUUCAAGCAUCUUACAUAUCUUAUUGUUUAAUGCAAAUAAAGUAUUCAGAUAAAAGUUUCACAAAAUUGUCUGAAAAUAUAUCUCUUUAUGCUGAUAAAAUAAAAAAUCCUGCAGUUUAUAAUAAUUUCAAUGUCCUUAUCAGUCAAAAUUCUAGAAUGGCAAAACCUUCUACUAAAGAAAUUUUGAAUGAUUUAUCAGAUAAAAUAGAAAAAAUAGUUGCGGAUGAAAAUAUUGUCCCAUUAUCUCAAAAAACACCAGGAAAACGUAACACUGCCAGAAAAAAUUUAUCAAAAACAUUAACCGAGACUCCCAAUGAUGUUGAAAGUGAAUUGCAACAAACAGUUUUAAAACGAAGUGCUAGAUAUCGAUCAAAAGUUAAAAGAAGACUUAUGAUUAUGGACAGUGAUGAAGAUGUUGAUGAUAAUGAAGGGAAAAUAGAAAAAGAUGAAAUACUCUCAACAAUAAAUGAAGAAAAUGAAAAUGGUGUAGAAAUUUUUAGACGAACAAGACUAAAUUUAAAAUCUUGUAAAAAAAAAUUAAUUUAUAAACAUUAAAUAUCUAAAAACAACAAAAUACUUAAAGAAUAUUUGUUGACAAAUUUGUAAAGAUUUUUUUUAUUUUUGUACUUCUUUUUAUUUCAUUUAUGAAUUAUGAAUAAUAUAUUUUUUACCUCAAAUAUAUAUUGUUUUGAGACAAUUAUUUUAUAUACCAAUUUUAGCAUUAUUUCGUUUUAAAUUGAACUUAAAAUUUAAUUUUGUAUUACAGGAAAAUCCCUCCCACAAAGAACUUUUAGCUUCUAUAAGAAAUUGUAUUAAUUUUUUACCUAUUUUUGUCUGUAUCACUUUUUUAAAUUACCCUCGAAAAUUGAAAAACAUCUUGAAAUUUUCAUAAAGGUGAAAACUAUUUAAUUAAAAGAUUCUAGAAUAAAGUUACACAAUUUUUUUUCAUCCCUUCGGAAGUAUGAACCCUAAACUUUAAUUUUUUUUAACGGAAACUCAUCAUUUUAAUUUAAAAUAUGAUUGAAAAAUAAUUUUCUUUAUUUCUUAGUGACGAUAUA